AUGGCAGAUAGAGUAUUGAAUAGAGAUACGCGAAGAUUUCAUAGAAAGUCGCGUAAUGGGUGUAUGCAAUGCAAGCAGCGACAUGUCAAGUGCGACGAGCUCAAGCCGUCAUGCGGCAACUGCCAACAAACAAAUCGUGUGUGCAGUUUUCUGCGCAUGCUUCCUAGUAUACCGACAUCAUUAGCUACAAAUACUGGGAUUUCUGGAACAGGUGGUAGCUACAGCAGUAGCAGACACAAUUCCAUAUCGCCAGUCAUAUACUCCAAAUCUGGGCCACCGACACCCUCCUCAGCGGUUUCAUCAUCAUUAGCAUCACCAUCAUGUACCAAUGUCACAGUCACAGCUACAGCCCCAGCCACAGUCACAGAAUCAAUCCCACCACCCGUCGACAUCGACGCAAAACUGUUCAGCCAAUACAACAGCACCCCUACCCGGGAGUUCAAUCUCGCAGAUCUUUCCAUGAUGCACAACUGGUCUACUGAGACCAGUUUUACGCUCUCGCCCACGCCUGAAGUGCAACAAGUAUGGGCACGAACUAUUGUGCAAAUCGCCUUGCAACACCGAUUCUUGCUUCAUGGCAUACUAGCUACUUCCGCUUUACAUGUGGCGUAUACGCGACCUUCUUCGACAAAAGAGUAUAGAGAGUUGGUGGAUUAUGCGGCUCAGCAUCAGACUAUUGCAGUGAGUUUAUUUCAGAGGGCGCUCGUGAGUCCGACGGCCGGUGGGCAGCGAGAAGCUCUUUUUGUGCUGUCCGUGCUCAUCUCGGUGAUUGCAAUUGCGACGCUGCGAGAUGAGAUUUCUGAUGCGAUGGAGAUCGAUAUCAUAACGACUCGAGCGUCUGGAGCAGCGAUUAUGGAUUUCAAAUGGAUUCACUUGUCUAGAGGCAUACUGGUGCUUUGUCAAGAAAACCUAGAUGAGUUGGCUCGUGGAUCCGUGGGGUUACUGAUGCGCAAUGAUGUUGUGCUAGAACAUGGGAAAUGGAAAGAUAAGGAUCUCGCAGAUGAUUUGCGGAAUUUGCAGCGAUUAUGGCAUGGUGAUGAGCCCUUGACAUCGAUAGAAGGGUUGGAGGAGGAGAUAUCAAAGGCAGACCGGGAAGCCUUUGAUGAAGCUUAUGUUGCGUUGAUCUCAACACGAUCCAAUGUCACGGAAUAUAUGCAUGCAUUACAACCCGAGUCGAAUACGACAAAGGAGAGCCAGCUUCUUCAAGGCGGUACUACGAAAUCCAGUAAACCAUCUGUCGACAGUCGAGUCACGGCCGAAGUCUUUGUAUGGCUCAUUCGCAUUCCCUUGGAAUAUAUCGAAUUAUUGGAACGACAACAUCCCAUCGCCUUGAUUAUACUUGCGCAUUAUGCGGCGUUGCUAGGCAAGGAGUGCGCUACGUGGUGGUCGGAGAAGAGUGCGUAUAUGAUUAUCAGGAGGGUGUGGGUUGUGUUGGAUGAAAGGCUGAGGAAGUGGAUUGAGAGUCCGAUGGCGGAUGUUCGGCGAGCAAAUGGAUAA